UUAUGGGCGUAGCUAUAGACCCCAGAUUACCACACAAGUACAUGCACAAAGCAAGCAAACAACUCUAAUAAGUAUUACAAGACUCUCAAUGGCUACUGCAGAGUCUUUACUUUCAAAAAAGAGUGCCCGUACCAGUGACAAUGGAGGGGCAUCCACAGAAACAUCCAAACCUCUGAUUCGAGAGAGCUCCUCAGACAACCCAUCGUCACCAAACACUCUCACACCCUCACAGGUGGCAUACGUUGGUGAGGAUGUGGAGUGCAUACCUGGGCAUCUGAUAGUCGAAAAGUCUCACAUUGCUCAAAGACUGGACGUCAGCUACAACAGACUCAAUACACUGGAUGGCUUAGAUCAAUUCACACUGUUAGAAGAGCUAGUUUUGGACAACAACCUGCUAACAGACGAGAGCCUCAGAAGACUACCAAAACUCCCACGUCUCAAAACACUCACAGCUAACAAGAACAAGAUCACUGAUACUGAACAGUUAUUGGGUAUUCUCGUGAAAAACACUCCUAAUCUACGCUAUUUGAGUCUCCUGGGCAACCACGCAUGCCCAAACGAGUUACUGGGUGAUGAUCAUGAUGACAAGGACUAUCAACGAUACAGGUAUUAUGUGCUGUACAAGCUUCCUCAACUGACAUUCCUCGACUCGCGACCAGUAAGCUCUGAGGAGAGGAAGGAGGCAAAGAGAGUGGGGCAGUUCAUGAGGGUUGUCAAGCCUCCAUCAGAUGUGCUGGAGGCGCGAGACAAACGACGUAGGGCAGAAGAAUCUCAAUACACACCACUACCUCAGUCAGCAGAUAUGGCUGGACAACACAAAGGAGUAUUUGGUCAGUGCAAGUACGUGUACUAUGGGAAGCACUCAGAGGGCAACCGAUUUAUCAGGAACAACCAGUUAUAGUUUUUGUGUCCACAUGUGUGUUUGCGACCUGUUCAGAGCUAUUUUAAUCCAAGCUUUAGCUUACCUGUCCUUGUCUUCACGUUGUAUCAGUAUACUUAAUUAGUGUUUCUACUAUAAUUUUAAUUUGUAUAUAAUAAUGGUGUGUGUAAUUUACAUUUUAUCACAUUAAUGGCAGUUAGUUGCUGACUAGCAGUGCUUGUGUUCAAUGAUCAUAAUUGUGCCAUAAGCUAUUAACUCGAGUUCUACUUUAGUUUGUGUUCAAUGAUCAUAAUUGUGCCAUAAGCUAUUAACUCGAGUUCUACUUUAGUUUGUGUUCAAUGAUCAUAAUUGUGCCAUAAGCUAUUAACUCGAGUUCUACUUUAGUUUGUGUUCAAUGAUUAUAAUUGUGCCAUAAGCUAUUAACUCAAGUUCUACUUUAGAACGUC